AACCUCGACAGUCAGUCCUCCAGUUCGAGCCACGCUGAGACCACGCUCACAGGUGUCGCUCUCUCGCAAUCCGUCGUCAUUCUCACCGUGUUUCCAUCACGUUUACAUUUUCAACCCUGAAUUUCGUGUCUUUCCUGAAACAAGCUAUUUUCGCCGUGUUUCGUUUUCAACGCGUAGUGAUUCCAGCCUGAAUUUACUCGUAUUUUCAACAGUUCCAGCUACUUAUUCUCGCCGUUUUGUGCGCUGUUUCGUGCGAUAAGAACAGUAUCGCUGUGGUUUCUCACACUUAUUGCUUCGAUUCGUGUCAAAAACAUUUUAUCGCUCUACAUUCUGUUUCCUCCUUGUUUUUGUGGACAAUUUUCGUUGUUUCCUAAUUUAUUGCGAACAUUCUUUAUUCUCCGUUCAUUUAUAUGUUUUUAUUAAAAAACUUUGCUUCCGAUCUGUGUGCAACUAGAAUAAUCACACUAGAUAUCUCGUCGGUUGAAAUUGUGUUUAUAACUCAUUUUACGGACAUAUUUUUCGUGUGCGCAAGUCUUCUAAAUGCGCUAAUUUUGACUUUCCUAUCCUGAUUUUGGAAAUCCAAACUUUCAAGAUGCAUUUGGACAAAUCCGAAAAAUCCGAGCCUUGCACGGUAGUCGCUCGCCCGACCCUGAAGUCCUCCUUCAGCAUCAGCGCGAUCCUUGAAGACUCAACCUCAAGCUCCGAUCCUUCGAGCCCGGCAAUCGUCACCUCCUUCAGCGACACUGAAGCGCCUUCAGACUCCGAGCCGGCCACCCCACCGCCAGCCCCGCUCGACUGCACGAAACCCAAAGAAGACGACAAGAAGGCCGCCAAGCCGUCCUUCAGCUACAACUCCCUCAUCAUGAUGGCCAUCCGCGACUCCCCCGAGAAACGGCUGACCCUCAACGGGAUCUACGAGUACAUUAUGAAGAACUUCCCGUACUACCGCGACAACAAGCAGGGCUGGCAGAACUCCAUCCGGCACAACCUGUCGCUCAACAAGUGCUUCGUCAAGGUGGCGAGGAACUUCGACGACCCCGGCAAAGGCAACUACUGGAUGUUGGACGCUUCGGCGGCCGACGUAUUCAUAGGCGGAACCACCGGGAAGCUCCGCCGACGCAACACCGCCGCCUCGCGGACCCGCCUAUCAGGGUUCCGAAGGGCGAUUGGGUUCCCCGCUGGUGUUUUUCCUCAACCCUAUGCGCCGUACUUCGCGCCCAGGUUACCGGAGUACUACACCCCCGCCUACUUCGUCGCAGGGUCCCCGACGAUCUCCUCAAUUCAGAAGGCAGCGCCUACUCCUACGCCUGUGCCAGCCUAUGACAGACAGCGGGCCUCCCCGCCUUACCCUGGAAGCCCCCUGGAACUUGCUGUCCGACAGCAACAGAUGAUGUACAUCCUCCAGAAUCAACCCAUGUUCCCAGCCUCGAGGGAAGAAGGACAGAGGAUGCUUGCCUCCACGUGAUUUUAAGGUCUGUAAUAUAUGUAAAAAUUAGCUUUAGGUUUUUUACUGCGCUGU